CCCAACGUCAGGUGGCUGAAAAAUGACGAGCUGUGCGGCCUGUUUGAAAGAACGUCGUCGUACAAAAACAUCAGAGGAGAGGUUGUGGAGAGGAAACUCCUGAAGAACAAGAUGGAGUUCCACCCACCUCCACCUCCCACGUCUGUCAAAGGAGGACUGCCGAGCAUGACGUCAUUUUUCACCACUCCUGUCUUCUUCUGGCGCCCGGUCGGUGUGAUGCAAGCGAAGAUCCGCUGCCCGAACUCCAACUGCCCAGCACCGCCGGGCGAAUUCCUGGAGAAGAAAGGCUUCGGCAGCUACGCCAGGCAGGUGUGUGGCAUGACCAACAGCUACACCCUGUUGACGGAGAAGCUGAAGUGUACGUACUGCGAAAAGGUGAGGCGGGUGGCGAGCGAGAAGCACAGCGACACCGAAGAAGUAGGCGGUUGUCGAGAGCAGCAGUACAUCUGGCUGGCACACAGUCCCAAGAUCUUGAUGAACCUGGCUCCGGCUGUUAGAAGCAUGUUCCCUGCCAUACUGUGCGGAAAGCGGGCCGUGGACAAGGGCGUGGUCACUCUCCUGAACGACCGGGUCAACAGCGUCUCAAUGAGCAAGGUGCAGAGGCUGCUGCAGCAGGGCCACGACGAGUGGUAUGUGGAGCGGCGUGACCUGUACCAGACGCUGCUGUACGAAGCCCAUGUUGCUGGUGACGGGUCAUCCCAGAAGAGCAUCCUGCCCUUCGCGAAGGCCGCUGGCACCUACACGCCUCCUCCGCCCCGCACGCCGCUGCCCUGUGCCCGUGUGCUGAGGCGAGCGCACAUGAUCAUGGAGAUGGAGAAGAUGCCCGUGUACAGAGCCUCGAUCCUCAGUGUGACAGGAGAAAUCCUCUGCAUUGAUGGAACCAAAAAGAUCCUCAAGAAGAUAUAUGGCGACGGCCAGGGCACCAUGCAGUACGUCACCAGCGUGCUGAACCAGUGGGGCCAGUUCCUGACCACAGUGGUGGUAGCAGCAGAGUCUGAGGGCUGCUACAGGCGCAUGGCCAAAGGUCUGAUGGCCCGCUUUGACCGAGCUGGUGCUCCUGCACCCAUUAUCAUAUAUGCAGAUAGCAACUGUUGUCGAGACAGUGGCUCAUCCUUCCUGGAGAAACUCUUUGCAGACUGGGUGCAGAAGGGGACGGUGGUCAGACUGGACAUUCGACACUGGCUCCACCGCUGGGACGCCGUUGUCAUCAAGCAGAGCCACGCCAAAUACGGGCUGUUCAUGAGUGCCCUGGCAGGCGCGGUGCUGGCCUACAACAGAGACGACAUGAGUCUGCUGAUCCAGGCAGUCAGGCAGGGCAACCUGGAGCUGUACGGCAGGCUUUCAGACGAGGACAUGAUGGCCUUCCUCAAACCUCACCAGAUAAGGUCCUACGUCAGACGCAUCACCCGUGGGGUCGAGGAGACGGCUUCAGCGAUUGAGUCCAUCAUCACUGAGCUGAAGGGACCUGCAGGCCUCGACAUCGACGGCAUCCACCUGUUCAAGUCGGCGCAGGCGGUGGACGCUCACUGGGCGACCGCUAGCAAGCAUCUCAGCUGCAUGCAGGAUCCCCCUGGCGUGCAGCUGUAUGUGUCUGUGAAGGUGGUGGUGCUCAACGGCAUUCGCCUCAACAAGUACAGGUGUCAGCGAGGCAGCAACUCCCUGGAGGGUUUGCACUCACACCUGUACAACGCCAUUCCCUCGCAGAGAUGUGGAAUUAUGCAGUUCCAAGUUUAUCUAAUUGCGUUUGCGGUGCAGUGGAACAACCGGAUGGAGUCCCUCAGGGUUGCAGGUGGACACGGCCGGCAGACCUGGUGCAUGGACCCGCGGCAGAUUCAACGUAUGAAUCAGCAGGCUGAGGUGCUGUUUGGUAGAGAGCAUGUUCUCGAACCCAACUUUGUUGCUCCAAUGCCCUACCCUGCUGAGUACAAAGACCCGGACGAGGAAGAGCUUCUCGGGGUGGAGUACGCCAUGUGUCAGUCGACCAGCUUCGCUGCAAAGGAUUACUACGCCCAGCAAGUUGAGGAAGAGCAGAGCCGUGACGAAGAGGAGACGGCUGAACAGAGCGAAGAGGAGGAGGAGCUGGCAGACGAAGGAGUGGACGUGUGCGGAGAGUCGGAGGAGGAUCCAAUGGACGCCGUCAGUGGGAAACACGCCAUCCUCACUCGGUCAGAGCAGGUGGAGGAAGAGGACAGCCCCGCCCUGCAGGAUGUUCUCAUGACUCAGAGCCACCUGCAGCUCCCUGGGCUGCAGGAAGUGGAAGCCUUGGCCUUGCUCCUUCUCCAACUGGCCGAUGACACAGACCGUCACCUGGUGCCGGCCGACCUCAGGGUGAAGAUUGCCUCCGCGGUCAGUGCUUUGUAUGAUCACGACAGCCGACACACCUGA